UCUGUAUAUGCUGUUUUGGUCGAACAAGAGCACCGUAUAUCGAGCAAGAGCGACAAAACGUGCGAGAGAGACACGAUGAAACCAGCGCAGCACGGCAUAGUGUGGCACCAUCAAGUAGGCAGCGAACACAAGAAUCAGUCAGUAUAGUGAGUGAGAGCGAAUCUGCAGCUAGCUAAAAAGUGUGGAAGCAGCGCUCGUUCGUUCGUGUGGUGCCUCUGUGCCUCAGCGACACAAAAUUCACAGAGCAGUGUAGAAGCGCCAGAGCAAGCAAAGCAGCAGCAAAAAGCGUACCAGCAGCGCCCAUCAUCGGCAGCAGUAGAAGCAGGAGAAGUGUGUGUUGUUCGCCUCGUCAAACAGCCGCCAUUUUGACUUGUUCGCGAUUUGGCUGGUGGAAAGGUUUUUUCGCUUCGCAAUCCGAUCGACUUUAGGCGUCCCAGAAUUGCCCUGUCCCGGUCCGGACCGGGUUCAUUCGACGCGCAGUGCCGUUCCCGUUCAUUUAAGCCCGCUUCCGGGGGUCAGCCCCAUAGUGAAAUCCGGCGAAAAAGCGGAUUGAAUUUUUCGCUAUUUUCUUCCUCGGUCGGUCGGUACUGUGUGUGCUUUCCGAGCAGAAGACGAAAAGCGAUCGACGUCGAGCCUACAUCGAGCAUUCGCGAGACGUCGAUGACGGGUUUGCUGGUUUGCCUGUGGAGUUGUCAGAAAACGACGUCGGUGCGACGGCAACGACGACGGGGGCAGCAGCAGCAGUACAAAAUUCGAGAAGCCGGAGAGAGUCGCGGCGCAUUCGACAGCGAAAAAUUGCCUUCCCGACAUCCGACCAACCGAGUGUUUUUGUAUUGAAUUUUGAAGUGCGGAAUCGGAACUUUCGGGGGCAUCCAACAGAAGAAGAAAAUAAAAAAAAAACGGGCAUUUUUGGAUUUUCUCGAUUGCAUUGGCUAGUAACUGUUCGGCGAAACGAAUAGUUUGAACUCGGGGGAUACGUAUCCCGUAGGCCGGGAUACAUACACCGAUGAGUGUGAUUAUCGUACGGGACCGGAUUGAGCCGGAGAUACACGGUUUCCGGUUGACGGCAGACGUCGGCCAGCAUGUGGCCGUUCGGUGUUUAUCCUCGCCGUAAAGCUACAAAAAAGAAAAACUGAAUAACCGAUCAAACUCGCGAGGAGAAGGUUAGCUGCAGUGGCCGCCGGAACUGGCCAGGUUUCGACGAUUCUUGGAGGGCGUGUGGGGCCAAAAACAGUAACCGCACGCCGCGCACGGAAAGUUUGCGGAAGUGCGAGUGGUGUGUGACACAAAAGUGAAAAAAAGCAGCAUCUAUUUACACGCAAAUUGUGACGUUUCUGUUUUGUUUAUAAAUCGCGCGAGUUGUCCGGGCCGUUUUCAAGUAGAAGAGGGUAGAGUGUGUUUAUGUGCAUGUUUUCAUUUUUCGCUCCUCAUCGUCGCGUCGUCGUGAGUGUGUUUGCCGUUUUGCAAGAAAUGAAGCGUAGUUUCGCGUGUUCCCGCUGCUUAAGCCAUUAUCACGAUGAUAGCAGAGACAGCAGUGAAGGAUAGUGCGGAUUCCUAAAUAAGAAGCAACAAAAAAAAAACUAAAACUGAUCAAACUCCGUAUUUUGUCCGGUUCCGAAAAGGAGCAGAGCGAAGGCGCAAGUGCGCGCCACCAUCGAGUUUGUGGUCCGGCCUUUUUUCUGUGAAUAGUAAACAACCAUGGGAGAUCAUAUGGAUGAACCACCGCUGAAGCGAGCCAAGAUUCGGGAUGCAUCCGAAGUCAUCUCGACGAUCGACCAGAUGUUUGACCUGGAGAGCCACCUCCCGGACGAGCUGAUGGGCGACAACACCUGGGUGGACUCGCUGAGCGGUGGCAAUAAGCCACCCGGACCAGGUCCGGGUCCGCAGAUGAAUGGAGGAGGGGAUGAUCCCGGAGGGACAUCCAACAUGGCACAGCAGUUGGCGCUACGGCAGCAGCAGCAGCAGCUUGUUCAUCAACAACAACAGCAGCAACAACAUCAACAACAACAACACCAGCAACUUCACCACAUUAUGCAGCAGCAGGGUAACAAAGGAAUGGGCGGCCAGCAGAUCCUGGGCAUGGGACCGCUAGCUAACAAGAGUCCCAAUUUGCUGCCGAUGAAUCAAAGUAUGGCUAACAAUGUCGUGGUUGGAGGCAUGGGCGGUGGAACGAUGCUGGGAAUGAACAGUAUUGCGCAGAGCAACGGCGGUGGAACCAUUAUUACCAACAGUAACAUGGGCUUAAGCGGAGGUGUUAUGACUGGUGGCGGAAUUGUGAUAAAUAACAACAUGAAGCAAGGCCCCGGACCGAAUCCCGGAUUGAUGCAUCAAUUGCCGAACGCGAUGCAGAACGGCCCGUUGAAUAAUCCUGGUCGGAUAGGAAUGCCAGGUCAGCCUGGUCAGCAUAUGGCCCGUGGACCGGGUGGCCACAUGAAUCAGGGCUUGCGUCAGUUAAUGCAAAACCACAACGUAGGUGGAAUGGGAAACCAAAUCGGUGGACCGGGAGGUCCUUUUGGUGGAUAUACGCAGCCGAAUGUGAGUGUAAUGAAUGCGGGUGGAUUGGCACCGGUACGAGGAUCUCCGCCAACCAUCAACCGGAUGCCGAAUAUGGCUAUGGCUGGUGCUAGAAUGGGAAAUCCGCUAGCAGGGAAUAUGAUGCCCGGUGCAGGGAUGGGUAUGAAUGUUGUGAACGAAGGAGGAGUGGCAGCACAAGCACAACCUCCGACACCUUCACCGGCUCAGCCACAAUCUGGCAUUCCCACGGCACUAAUCCGACCGCAAACAGCGGCCCAAAAUCAACCAAUGAAUCAAAUGAAUCCAACCGUCCCAGUCGGUGCCUCGGGGGCUCCAGGAGGUCCAUCCGGUGCUCCGCAACCUGGUCCCUCUCAAAGUGGACCCGGUAACCCUCUACUAGCUGAUCCGGAAAAACGAAAGCUCAUCCAACAGCAGCUGGUAUUGCUACUGCAUGCUCACAAAUGUCAGCGGCGUGAAUCGGAAAACCCGAACAGCAACAAUUGCACCUUGGCCCAUUGUCGAACCAUGAAAGAUGUGCUCUCGCAUAUGCAAACCUGCCAGCUGGGGAAGAACUGUCAAAAAACUCAUUGCUCCUCUUCACGACAGAUUAUCAACCACUGGAAGAACUGUCAACGGCAGGACUGUCCGGUUUGUUUGCCUCUCAAAGAUACCAACAAGUACAAGCAGAGUCAACAACAACCCGGACAGCAACAACAACAACAACAGCAGCAGCAGCAACAGCAACAAAACCAGCAGAAUCAACUAAAAAAUCAACUCCAGCAAGAUUCGACCGGUCAGGCGGGUCCACCUGGACCAUCCGGACAGGGUCAGCAGCAGCAAGGGCAACCAGGUCAAAUGCCCGGAGCCUUUAACCAACUUGGAAACAGUCAAAUCCAGUGUCCUUCCUCGACUGCACCAAAUGCACUUCCUGGCAAUGCUCAAAUGUCUUCGCAGGUUGGUGGUCCACCAGGAAUGCCUACCCAGCAGCAGCAGCAACAGCAACAACAGCAGCAACAAGGUCCGGGUGGACCCCAAAUGGUUGGUGGAAUGCGCAGCUUACCCUUGGGUGUAAACCAACAACAGACUCAGGGUGGAGCCGUGCGAAUGAUGAUUCCACAGAAUCAAAUAAUGGUGAAUAAUGUGCUCCCACCGAACGCCACAAGUGACGCUUCCAAUGUCGUUGGUCCCGGUGGGCUACCCGUUACAAGCCAAGCACCGGGAAAUGCCAGCCAAAGUGUGUCUCAAAUGGCAGCAGCCCUCCAACAGCAACAACCAAAUGCUGCCCAGUUGCAGCAGCAGCAACAACAGCAGCAAAAUCAAUCUCAAAAUAUCAUUCCACUACAAGGAGGCAAUGUUCUUUUCAACCAGGACGGCCAGGGACCGAUGUCUCAGCAGCAGCAACAGCAACAAGCUGGAGGAUCAAACGGCUCCGCUCCGGGUCCCAGUGGGAACUUUAACGCGAACCAAAUGCUUGCCGCACCCGUGCAGGGUACCAAAGAUUGGCACCAUUCCGUUACCCCGGAUCUCCGGAACCAUCUGGUGCACAAACUUGUACAGGCCAUCUUUCCUUCGCCAGAUCCGUCGACGAUGUUCGACAAACGAAUGUACAACCUGGUAGCGUACGCGAAAAAGGUAGAAGGUGACAUGUACGAAAUGGCCAACUCCCGCUCCGAGUACUAUCACCUGCUGGCGGAGAAGAUCUACAAGAUCCAGAAAGAGCUAGAAGAGAAACGGCAGAAGCGAAAAGAACAGCAGCAAAUGCAGCAGCAGCGGCAAGUGCAAGAACAGCAACAGCAGCUCUUGCAGCAACCCGGUGGCAAUGCCCAAGUUCGUCCGAUGAAUGCCGGCAUACUGGGUGGACCAAAUAUGGCAGCAAAAAUGCAGAUGCCUCUCGGGUCGAACAUGUUGAACCAAAAUCAGAACCUCAUGCAACAACAGCAGCAGCAGCAGCAACAAAAUCGAAUGCCUUUGAAUGCUGGCCAACAGCAGCAGCAACAACUGUUCGUUUCUCAAUCCGGACCAAGUCCCAACAGUAUGGUCCAGCAGCAACAACAAACCGUUCUACCCGGUGGACUGUCGCCAUUCACUGCCCAACAGCAACAGCAACAACAGCAGCAGCAGCAGCAACAACAGCAACAACAGCAAGGCCUUGGUAACCAUCCGCCAGGAAUGACUCCACCUUCAUCCCAGCAGAACGCUGUUCAGUUCCUGAACGGACCUUCCAUCGCGGACAGUUCACCAAGUGGCUUGCAGCAGUUUAACGACAUAAUGAAAGCCAAGUAUAAUGCGGGCCAAGCGGCAGCAGCAGCUGCCCAAAACAACGCAAUGGCCGCCAGUGGAGGCAUGAGUCAAACCGUAACACCACCAAUACCUUCUCCCUUUAGCAAUUCCAUGCAGCAGCAGAAUGCCACCUUUAACGGCAGCCAGAUGAUGAACUGUCCGAACAGUGGCAAUCAGCAGCGAAACAGCCUCGGUCAGAUGCCUUCUACUCCUACCAGCAGUGGAGAUUUGAUGAAUUCUUCCGGCAAUAGCGUUCCAAUACCGUCUCCGUCUCCUAGCUUAACACCGAACGGACCAGUUCCACCGCCACCGGUAAGCACCCCGAACACACCGAACGUGUCGGCACUGAUUGCGAACGCACCUGAACCAACACCGCCACCGGCAAUCUCAUCGCCAAUUCCGAUCUCGACUCCGCCUGCCCUAGGUAGCAACAGUAGCGGAGUGACCACGUCCUCAGCCAUCACAUCCAUCACCAGCACUGCCUCCAGUGGACCUACAACCACAACGACCGCCUCAUCAUCCGGAUGCAGUGCGAACACCACAUCCGCUGCCAGUGGGACCAGUUUAUGCAACACCAGCAACAGCAGCAUCGGAACUGGUAUGGUUUCGAGCAUCAGUCGAUCCACCUCUUCGGCGCUAAGUUCCCAGAUGGCCGCAUUGGAAGCAGCUGCGCGAGAUCAAGAUGAAGAUUCGCAACCGGGAAUGAAUGGUGGCGCGAACAACUCGGGCUGUGAGUCCAACGCGAAGGGUGGCAAGCUGGAGUUGAAGCAAGAACAGGAUAUCAAAUCCGAGCCGGACACCAAUCAUAUGGACACUUCGGACAGUGUCAACGUCGGUGGCGGUAAGGGCAACAGCGAUAGCUGCCCAAGCCUGAUGCAGGAGAUCAAGACUGAACCGAUGGACACGAGCGAGGGAGGCGGCGAAGGUGAUAAGAACAGCAAGCUAGAUGUGAUCCAGUGCAAGGAGGAACCGAUGUCGCCCUCCAACAUGACGAGCACCAACACCGUGAAUGCGGUGGUCAAAAGUGAACCAAAGGUCAUGCCGGAACCGAUCAAAUCGGAAUCAACCGACAGCAAAAAGAAGUGCACGUUCAAACCGGAGGAAUUACGGGAGGCUCUAUUGCCGACGUUGGAAAAACUGGUGGCUCAAGAACCGGAGUCGAUUCCGUUCCGCAUGCCGGUCGAUCCGACAACGCUUGGUAUCCCGGACUAUUUCGACAUUGUGCGGAAGCCGAUGGAUCUCAGCACGAUUCGCAAGAAGCUCGAUUCCGGCCAGUACUCGGAUCCGUGGGAGUAUGUGGACGAUGUUUGGCUAAUGUUCGAUAACGCCUGGUUGUACAAUCGUAAAACGUCCCGUGUCUAUCGGUACUGUACUAAGCUUUCGGAAGUGUUCGAACAGGAAAUCGACCCGGUGAUGCAAUCGCUAGGUUACUGCUGUGGUCGAAAGUAUACCUUCAAUCCGCAGGUGCUGUGCUGCUACGGCAAGCAGCUGUGUACGAUUCCACGGGAUGCCAAAUACUACAGCUACCAAAAUCGCUCUUUUGGACCACUAUCUACCAGAUACACGUACUGUCAGAAGUGCUUCAACGACAUCCCCGGCGACAUGGUGACGCUCGGCGAUGACCCGAUGCAGACGCAAACUCAAAUCAAAAAGGAUCAAUUCAAGGAGAUGAAGAACGACCACCUGGAGUUGGAACCGUUCGUCGUUUGUUUGGACUGCGGCCGAAAGCAGCACCAGAUCUGUGUGCUCUAUCUGGAGUCCAUCUGGCCGGGAGGCUUUGUGUGUGAUAAUUGUCUCAAGAAGAAGGGCGCUAAGCGGAAAGAGAACAAAUUCAAUGCCAAACGGUUACCCACCUCCAAGCUGGGUACGUACAUUGAAACGAGGGUAAACAACUUCCUGAAGAAGAAAGAGGCUGGUGCCGGAGAGGUGCACAUCCGGGUGGUUUCCAGCUCGGACAAGGUGGUGGAGGUAAAACCGGGAAUGCGAAGUCGAUUCGUGGAGAACGGUGAAAUGCUUCCGGAGUUUCCGUACCGCGCGAAGGCUCUGUUUGCGUUCGAGGAGGUGGAUGGCAUUGAUGUGUGCUUCUUCGGUAUGCACGUGCAGGAGUACGGAUCGGAGUGUGCUUCCCCCAAUACGAGGCGAGUGUAUAUCGCGUAUCUGGAUUCGGUUCACUUCUUCCGGCCGCGACAGUACCGUACCUCGGUGUAUCACGAGAUUUUGCUAGGGUACAUGGAUUACGCGAAGCAGUUGGGCUACACGAUGGCCCACAUCUGGGCCUGUCCGCCAUCCGAAGGGGACGAUUACAUUUUCCAUUGCCAUCCGCCGGAGCAGCGAAUUCCGAAGCCGAAGCGGCUUCAGGAAUGGUACAAAAAGAUGCUGGACAAGGGCAUGGUGGAGCGAACUAUUCAGGACUACAAGGACAUCCUGAAGCAGGCGAUGGAGGACAAGCUCCAGUCGGCUUCCGAGCUGCCCUACUUCGAGGGUGACUUCUGGCCUAAUGUACUCGAAGAAAGCAUCAAAGAGCUGGACCAAGAGGAGGAAGAAAAACGCAAGCAAGCGGAACGGGAGGAAGCGGCAGCCAAUGCGAUAAUGUCGAUGAACGACGACAGUGACACCGGUGUAGAUGGGAAGAAGAAAGGCGGCCAGAAGAAGGCUAAAAAAUCGAACAAAUCGAAGGCAGCCCAACGAAAGAACAACAAAAAGUCCAACGAACAGAUUGGCAACGAUCUAAGCGCCAAGAUUUUCGCCACCAUGGAAAAGCACAAGGAGGUCUUCUUCGUGAUUCGGCUACACUCGGCCCAAUCGGCGGCCAGUCUGGCGCCAAUACAAGAUCCGGAUCCGCUCAUCAACUGUGACCUGAUGGACGGCCGAGAUGCCUUCUUGACGAUGGCUCGGGAUAAGCAUUACGAGUUUUCCUCGCUUCGACGGGCGCAGUUCAGCUCCCUGUGUAUGUUGUACGAGCUGCACAACCAGGGCCAGGACAAGUUUGUCUAUACCUGCAACAACUGCAAGAACCACGUGGAAACCCGCUAUCACUGCACCGUGUGUGACGACUUCGAUCUGUGCAUUCAGUGCAAGGAGAAGGUCGGCCACCCGCACAAGAUGGACAAACUUGGGUUCGACAUCGACGACGGUUCGUCGCCAACGGAUAUCAAGCACACCAAUCCGCAGGAAGCUCGCAAACAGUCGAUCCAGCGCUGCAUCCAAUCGCUGGUACACGCGUGCCAGUGUCGGGACGCGAACUGUCGACUGCCGAGCUGUACGAAGAUGAAGCGCGUGGUGCAGCACACGAAGCACUGCAAGCGAAAGACGCACGGCGGUUGUCCGAUUUGCAAGCAACUGAUUGCCCUGUGCUGUUACCAUGCCAAACACUGCCAGGAGGCCAAGUGUCCGGUACCGUUCUGUCCGAACAUCAAGCACAAGCUGAAGCAGCAACAGCUACAGCAAAGGCUACAACAGCAGCAACUUCUGCGGAGACGAAUGGCCGUAAUGAACACAACCCGAGUAGGUGCACCGUCUCUGCCUACGACCCCCAGUGCUGCCGUACCACCAAGCUCAACAGGUGGUCUCAGUCCAGGCGGUCCGAACACAAUGGGCGGCCCGGCGGGAGGAGUUGGUGGCGUUGUUGGCGGAAUGGGUCCCACUGGUGGAAUGGUGGGUGGCCCCGGUUCGGUAGGAUCCGUUGGUGCUGGCGCUGGCGGUGGUGGCAUGAUUGGACCGGGUGGUGGCGCCGGUGUUCUUGGUGCUCCGGGUGGCAUGAGUCCUUCGGCGGCACCCAGUCCGGUAUCGCAAAUCGGUGGAAUGGGAAGUCCUCACCCGCCCGGGCUAGGAAUUAAACCGGAAGCGCAACCACCACCUCCGAAUGUGAUGCAGGCUUUGAAACAGGUGCAGGAGGAAGCCGCGAGACAGCAAGCUCCACAUGGUAGCUUCGGUAAGGUGAAUCCAGGGGGUGGUCCAAUGCCUCCACCGGUAAUGCAACGAACCAUACCCGGCGCUGGUCAUAUGGGUGGCGUUGGCGGUGUUGGAGGCGUAGCCGGAAUGGGUGGCCCUAACCAGCAGCAAGCAGGUGGUGUCGGAGGAGUUCCUCUUGGUGCUGGCGGCCCCGUCGGGGCUGCAGGACAGAAUGUAAUGACUCAAAUGGAUCAGUGGGGCAAUCCACGCUAUCCGAUCACUGGUGGUCAGCAGAACCCGCAAGCUAUGCGACCAAAUCUACCGGGUAUGAUGCAACAGGGUCAACAGCAACCUCAGCAACCGAAUCCUAUGCAAGGGGGCAUGAUGGGCGUCGGCGUCGCUGGUCAGGGUGGCAUGAUGGGUGGAAUGCGACCUGGUCCGGGAGGCGUUUGCAUCCAGGGUCCAGGCGGCAUGGUAGGCAAUCCGCAGCAAGUCGUCGGCCAAGGUCAGGGUCAACCGUCACAGGGACUCCCGACAAAUCAACCAAAAGCAGCAAUCGCUCAACUGAUGGCAACACUGAAAAAUCCGCAAUCCGGGCCAGAGCAGCAACAACAGCUGCUAUCGAUUCUAAAAGCCAAUCCACAGCUGAUGGCGGCAUUCAUCAAGCAGCGACAGCAGACGGCUCAAAAUCAGCAAAACCAAAACCAAGGCGGUAUGCCUCAGCAGCAACAACAACAGCAACAGCAGCAGCCGCACAACGUGAUGCAACAUGCCGGCGCCGGAGGUGUCCAGGGACAGCAGCAAGGCCCCGGCGGCAUGGGAUACAAUCCGGCCGGUGCCGGUGGUCCGAUGGCACCGAACCGGUUGCAAGGAGGCGUCCAGGGAAUGGCUGGCGGUGGAAAACCGGGAGGCAAUCCGCAGAUGCAACUGCCCAUUCAGCAGCAGAUGUGGUACAAACAGCAGCAGCAGCAGCAACAACAGCAGCAACAGCAGAUGAUGCUCCAGCGGCAGCUGGCAAUGACCGGCGGAAAUAUGCAACCGGCACCUCCGUACCAGCAGAGGCCUCGACCGCAGCAGCAGAUGGGUGGAGUCGGUGGUUACGGACAGGGUGGAAUGUUCCCAGACCAGCAGCAGUACAUGCAGCAAGGAUUGAAACCGGGCCCCCAGCAACAGGGUGGAGGAGUUGGUGUAAACGUCCUCUCCCAGCAGCUUCAGCAAGGUCCCGGAGGUCCUGGUGGACCGGGUGGCGUAAUGGGUCCUCCCACACCGCAGCAUUCGAUGCAGCAACAGUUGAUGCAAAGCGUUCGUUCACCACCGCCAAUUCGAUCACCACAGCCACAACCCUCACCCCGGUCACAGCCCUCUGCCUCGCCAAGGGCACAACCCUCACCUCACCAUCUGUCUUCUCAUUCACCGGCGCCCACCGGAGGUCCUGGGAGCGAAAUGCACAACCACAUGCACCCGCAUCAGUCACCGGUCGGCGUCGGGGUUGGACCCGGUGGGGGAGGACCCGGUGAUCCCAAUCAAAUGGGUGGCGGUGGUCCCGGAGGUCCCAACGAUACCAGUCCACUAACCGCUCAGGAUCAGCUCACCAAGUUCGUGGAACAAUUGUAGUAGUAUCGAGUGUACUAGGAAGCCUACCCGCCCUUCUGACUCUGUGAGACAGCAAUGACGAGGGAAACAAACCAGCCUUAUUACCCUUAUAUAUCCUCCUACCAGGUGUAACACAGACACAAUCAUUGAUCAAGCGAAAAACAAAAAAAAAACAACUAAGAAACGGUAUGUAAAUACGCAUAUAAACAUUCGUUGUAAAUAGGACGCUGUCCGAUGUUCAGAUGUAGGUUAAAACAAAAAAUGAAAUCACAUACAAGCACACGGUAAGAAAGAAACAGAAAAAGAAAUGAUGUUGAUUGUUAUUAUAGAACACUUUGGGGUGGUAAACUCAGAACGCUACAAAUACCACCACUUCCUUUUGUGUUAUAGUUAGCUAUUUUUUAAAAAAAUUGAAUCAACUUUAUCAUGUAGACUUUUUGAGUGUGCGUGUUUUUAGGGUCAUAGUCUAAUUUUUUACUUAAAAAAAUACUAAGAUAUCAACGCCAGAGUCACAAUAGCCGCGACCAUAAAGUUUACAGUAGAUCACGAGUAUUUAUUAAUCACACAUUGCAGCAGCAGCAGCACACAUACACACACACUCACUUACACGCGUACAUAGGAAAUGAAGUACUAGUUGUAAGUCAAGGACAUUAUCAUGUACAUAGAACAACAACUGCAAAAAAGCGGAUAAGAAAAAAGAAAAAAUCAAAUACAACAAAGAAAUACCUUAACUAAAUUCUAGCGUGUAAGUUCGAACUAUUGCUACUCUCUCUUUCGAAGAAAAGAAUCACUCACACAAACACUUUCCAACCCCGGUUCUCUUAAAACUCAUUCAGUUAGCCAGGUGCGCUGAAUGUGUACACUAGUACGGUAAGGUCAGCCUUGCGUGUAAAACGAAAAAAAAAUCUUUAUAAAAGAAAAAAAAAGUGAGAAAAAAAUAGUGACCGGUUACGCGGUUAGAUUAGGUUAGGUUAUUCUAAGACUAGGCGCUAGGCUUGGGUGUGUGCGUUUUUGACCGAGUGUAAACUGAAACAAAUUUAGGGCAGAAAACAAAAUUGGGGGGACGGUUUUUAGGUAAUUCAACAACAACAAAAAAGCAGCAAAUCUAGUAUUGAUUUUACACUAGGAAAGAAGAGGGGAGAAAAAUGAGUGUACAGACACUUAUUUUGGAGCCUUUUUAUGUUUUAUUCAAUUUAGUAAUCCUAUGUUGUUUUGUUAAGUUUAGAUAAUUUUUUUUGUUCUUCAUUUUUUUUCUAUGUUACUCUACCGUAGGUUAACAACAACCGAUGCAUUUGUUUUUAUAUUUUUUCGGUAUUGGUUUUGCUUUCUUGUUGGCACGUUCGGAAAAUGCGCGGGGGGAACGAGCUAAGCUAUACAGAACAAGAAUUGAAGAGUUUGGUUGAAUAUGAAAAUUAGGUAAAUUAAAUUUUGGUAACAUUUUUUAGCGUGCACGGUUUUCUUGCAGUUCAGCCAAAUGUGCAAGCAAAUGAUCGUAGCAUACCAUGAAAUUGGUGAAUUCGAAUGAUAAUUUUCCAAUCGUCACUAGGGAACGUGUUCUGUUCGUAUCAGGUUGUCUCGUAACUUUGAUGCAGUGAAAAUUUUUCUGAAAAAUUUGUGGCAAAAGUGAAAAUGGAAAAGAUUUCGAUAAUUGAGAUAAUUUUAAUUUGUGCUUGUGCGAGAGCUAAUUGUGAUUAUCUUCCAGUCUUGCAGGUUAGUUGUUAUUGGUAACUCAAAGGACAUUGGUUUAAAUCUCUUCCAAAAUGUUACUUAUUUAAAUUAACCCAUUUAUCGAACUUAUUGUUCAAGACUUCUAUUCAUCAUGCUACAAAAUACUACCUACAAAGUGUUUCGGAAUUUCCUUAUAAUAUUCAGCCAACUUUUCAACAAAUCUCGACUUCCAACAAGACGCUCUUCAAGGUUCCACUGCCUUUUUCAACUGCAAAUGGCUGUGCUUCUGUUUUUUUGAUUCGCGUGCGGCCACGCCGUGGACGUAGCUUGGGUUCAGAACUAGUAACUAGUAAUAAUAGGCAAGGGGUGGUAGUAGCAAACGCAAAUAUCAACCGAUAAAGGCAGUGGUUCCUUUCCUUGAGCCUCAAGAGUAGCUAAAAAGCUUCGCCCCCCGUCAGGAGUUUUGGUACACACGUGACUUAACCGAUUCGAUUUGUCUGAUUGAAUGUAAAAAGUGUAUAAACAAAAAAUAAUUGUACAUAUAGAAAGUUGUUUAGCUUUUUUUUUGCUCCACAAAAUAAAAAAAAAAUAAAAUGUUACUCUCAUAAGUUCGUGUCGGUACGGAAGCUAACUCAAAAAUUUUAUAGUUAAUUUUUUUUUCCAACGAAAGUAGAAAAUUAAAAAGAUCUCCAGCAAAAAUUGUAUGCAGCCCCUCUUAUUUUUGGGGGGGAAAGGCAAAGCAACGGAAAGUGAUCAACUUUAACUUAAGCGUGCGUGUUUAGAAGUGGGAAGGAAAUAGGGAAUCUCAACCGAAUGUCGAAUCGUCCAAUUCGGUUUAGCAUCAAAUGCGACCUUCGGGACACUGGAUGGAUCGCUAGCAGAGCUGGGAAGUGGCUUUCCCAGGGCUGGUCAAUUUCAAGCCCCGUCCAGCGGCCUUUGCGUGUCGGCAUUUGUGGCAAUCCGCCCUCGUGCGGCUCAGGAAUUCAAAUGAUGAUUAUAAAGAGAGAAAAAAUCAAGUCAAACACACACACACACGUCCGGAGCAUCCUAAGAUUAGGUAGGGAAUCCAUCUAAAAGACGGAUUUCCCGCCCCUUUACGGAUUUAGGCUUACAAUUAGUGGAAAAAGGAAAUAUAUCAAAAAGUGUAGCAUAGCAAGGAAUAUUCUCGUAUCUGAGAACACAAAACAUAAACAAAGCUAAAGCAAACUUGUCUAAAGUAUUAAUAUAUUUAAUUAGCUUUUAGUUGAGAGGAGGCAUAUAGCUGGAGGCCGGAGAUGAAAGCUCCGGCCCUCUUCGCACUAGUGCAAAUCGAUGUUCAUACCAAGUAUAUACGCGAAAUAAAAACGAUGGUUUUUCCCGUUUCCUCGCAGAGCAGAGCAGGAAGAAACGGUAAAAAAUGUAGACAAAAACUGGGCGCACCCCGCUACUGUCCGACCGAUUAUGCUGCUGCUGUAAGGGCGGUCGGCCAGUUCGGAUGUGUGUUAACCAAAAUGAACUUUUACGUGUACAUAUGCAAAUAUAAAUAUUCCAAGAAUAUUGUCUAAUAAUUAUACAAGUUGUAGACGAAAAAGAUUGAACAUAAGAGAAGUUUUUUUUUU